AUGACUGUAAUUUCCUCUGAGAUGAAGUGCACUCUUAUUGAUCUUAGAAAUUUUACGGAAUAUGAUGUUUUGGUGAAGGUUUGCGCCAUGCCAGAGGGAAAAUCUGACAUUGAUAUUUGCAAUACCACUUCUAUUCAUGCGCAACGUACACUUUCAGGAGUACCUGAUAUUGCGAACAUUACGGCUGUUAUUGCGCCAAUGCCUGCGACAUUGGAUGUGCAUUGGAUGAAUCCGACCUACUGGAAUGGCGAACCUUUAUUCUCGGGGGCCUUUGCAAUACGGAACGGGACGAUAAGUUCUGAGUGCAAUGGAACGACUGCAACCUCGUCUACAGCGAACUGUACUCUCAGUGGCCUAAACAACUAUACGGAGUAUAAUAUUUAUGUGAAAGUCUGCACCCGGCCAGAGGAAAACUCUAACAAUUUUGAACGCAAUUACUGCAGAAACAGUUCUCUUGUUCCGAGGCGUACCCUUCCAUGCGCUCCCCCUGCGGCAACAGAAUUGUCAGUGGCUGCACCCGCAUUUGGAGAACUGGAGGUGCGUUGGACUAAUCCGAGCAACAUAAAUGGUAUACUACUUCCGCCCACAGCAAUUUUGCGUUCCUCGGAUGGGACCUCAGAAGCCAUCUGUACCGGAGCAAAUACGGCCUCAUCUUACAUUAAAUGUUCUAACUCCAGUUUAAAUAAUUAUACUGAGUAUCAAGUCUACGUGGUGGUCUGCACGGAAGAGGCGAAUAAGACAAUUCCGGGAGACGCUGGUGGUGGUGGCUGCACGAACAGUUCACUUGAAACGAAAUGGACUCUGCCCAUUCCUCCUCCAGCGCCAACCAAUUUGUCAGUGGCUGCACCCGCAUUUGGAGAACUGGAGGUGCGUUGGACUAAUCCGAGCAACAUAAAUGGUAUACUACUUCCGCCCACAGCAAUUUUGCGUUCCUCGGAUGGGACCUCAGAAGCCAUCUGUACCGGAGCAAAUACGGCCUCAUCUUACAUUAAAUGUUCUAACUCCAGUUUAAAUAAUUAUACUGAGUAUCAAGUCUACGUGGUGGUCUGCACGGAAGAGGCGAAUAAGACAAUUCCGGGAGACGCUGGUGGUGGUGGCUGCACGAACAGCUCAGUUGAGACCAAGUGGACUCUGCCCAUUCGUACGUUUGGUGUUUGA